CUUUCCCAGCAGAGGAAAUCACUUCUCUCCAUUGGAAAGACGAGUCGGACUGCUGAGAGCCGUUGAUCAGCUGGGCCCACCAUGGCCCCUCUUCGCGCGUCCGCGCGUCGCGCGCUGACGCGGCUCCAGAGUAGUCAACCGUUGAUAUUACCCCCCUUGUCGUCAGAAUCAGCGGUUGGUACAGCGGCGGGUAGGACAGCGACCGUCACGACGGGAACAACGGCGGGUAUCACGGCGGGGAUCACGGAGAGGACACCAGCGAUUUUUAGAUCCCUGUCCUGGUACGAAUCCACCCUAGCUGGCGUCGCUAGAUGCGGAUCGCACGGUCCGUGUCCGUCGCAGCCGUUGAGCGCACUGUUGACGCGAGAUCAACGGUCGGGGUUCAUUUCCCGGGGCGCUCUAGCAGGAGCCGUUAGGAUUCUGAGGUCUGGUGGACCGUUGGGUUCCAGUAACGGCGGAUCUGUGCCGUUUAGUUCGCUUCGGCAGCCGAUCCAACGGCUGACGAUAGCCCAUCCGCCUCUUUACGCGGGGUUUCCGCUUUUGCGCGGGUUUAGCGCUUCCACUGCUGCUGCAGAUGGUGACAAGAGAGGCGAGUCGAAGCUGGAAGAGCCACGGGCUACGAGGCCCCUCCGUCGCGAUUCAAGGGUUGGAUUCCAGCGGCUGGGGCAGGAUCCGUGGGAUCGGACGGCUGGGAGCAGCUGGGCAGUUUCAGAUGCGAAAGAUCAAACGGUGGGGAGGCGUUCUUCGGGUGAUCGAACGGCGGAGGGUGAUCGCAGGGAGAUCGAUGGGGCAGGGACGAGCAGGAUGGGAGGUGGGAGCGAGUGGGAGAAGAGGAGGGAAGGAGGGAGGGAUUGGGAAAACCGGAGAGAUGGGGAGAAACGGAAGGAAGGAGGAGCGGAGGUGGUCGAGAGUGGGAGACGAGGGGCGGAGCGCGAUCGUGGGAGCAGCGGGGGUCGCGGAGCAGUAGAGAGCGCGAGAUGUUCAAGCGGGGGGGGAGCGCAGAGGGACCGCGCGAUGGUGGCAGUAGCUUUGGCAGUCAGGGCGAUCGCCGCAGCAGCUUUGAAAGAAGCAGGGGCGAUAACGAGAGAAGCUUCAGCAGACAUGGCGACGAUAGCGCGAGCAGUGGCAGGGGAGAGCAGCAGGGGGAGUGGCGGCACACUAGGCGCGCGGAGAAAUGGAUGGGCGGAGAGAGAAACGGGGAUAACAUCCGCCCUGCAGGGAGAAGGAUGGGGGGAGAUUGGAGCGGAGAUAAGGGAAGGGGCGCAAGGAGGGGAGAAUGUCGGGGGAAGAGGGGCGGAAAGGGCGGAAGGAGCGGAGGAAGAGGGGGGGUACAAGGGGGUGUUUUGGGUGAGCGGGAGCGGGUAUAAGGGCACGGGGAGGGAUCGAAGGAGAGAUAUGAGUGGUGCGGCGGGCACUAGUGCUGAUGGGGAGAGGUGGAGGGGGGAAGGGGACGAGGGGGAGGAGGAAGAGGAAGAGGAAGAGGAGGAGGAGGAGGAGGAGGAGGACGAGGAGGACGAGGAGGAGGAGGGGGAAGAGGAGAAGGACGAAGGGGAGGAGGCAUGGGAAGAGAACCAGGUUGGGAGGAAGGUCGGUGGGGGUCGGGAUCCUAAGCGCCAGGUGUUUCCCCAGGGCCUUUCCGCUCAGGAGAAACAGCAGAUUUGGAAGGAAUCAAAUCUCGUGCUGGACCUGCCGCCCGGGAGGCGCCAAUUCGGGCGGCAAGAGCGCGAGGGUAGGGGCAUGCAGGAUGGAUGGGGUGAGGAGAAGGAGAGUGAGUGGGGAGAGAGGGCUCAAGAGAGGAGGCAAGAGAGGCUGAACGUUGAUGUGCCUGAGGAUGCAGAGCGGUGGCAGCGGAAGAUGGUGGAGAAACGAGCCAAGAGGGAGGCGGUGAUGGAGAGGGAGUGGGAUAGGGACAGGGAAUCCGAUCAGGGUUUAAGCGGGGGUUCGGGUUUAGGCGGGGUUUCGGGUGAGGACGACCAGGUGGCCGGAGGAGCUGACGUGGCAGCGUUGCGCGUGGCGUGGCUGAUUGAUGAGCUGGCGGUGCUGCGGCCAGCGGCGAUCGUGAAGCUGCUGAACGGGCAGCGGGCGUGGAUCGGGAUGGAGCAUGUGGAAGGGAUUGUUAGGGGGCUGCUGGAGCGAGGGGAGACUCUGCGUGCAAUCAGGGCGCUCAAAUGGGCGCGCCAAGCCGCCUUCUACUACCCCAUCCCGUCUCUGUAUGCUGACCUACUGGACGCGGCGUCGGCCAAUCAGCAUGUGCCACGUGCGCAGGAGCUGUUUGACAUGAUGCUGGCACACGGGCUGGUCCCCCCCAGGCGCAACUACGAGGGGCUCAUCCGCAUGUUCCUGGGGGAGAGCCUCAGGGCGGAAGAGGGGGAGGCGGGGACUGGGGAGGAAGCCGAGGGGAAGGAGAAGAGUAGAGCGGUGGAGAGCGGUGCAGGGGCAGCAGGGGAGGCGCCAGCUGGGAUAGGAGCUAAAGGAUCCAAAGAAGCUAAAAAGGGCAAAGAACCCAAGGAAGGCAAAGGCGAGGAAGAAGCGAGGGUUUUCAAAGGGUUUAAGGAGCUGAAGAAAGCAGCCAAGGCGGCAACGGAGGUGGAGAAAGCGUGGGAGGUGUACCGGCAGAUGAAGCAGUUCGCCGAGCUGGUGCCGUCCCGAGGGAUACAGGAGGAGCUAUGGGGCGUGCUGACCCAGCGCUGCAGCCAGGGGCGGCACAUAGUGAAGGCAGAGGAGUUAUUGCGUGAUAUGGAGGAGAGGGAGGCGGAUGAGAGGACGAGGGGGGUUGAGGGGGAGGAGGAGGGAGAGGGGGGUGGGGAAGGGCGUGGGAGUGUGAGUGCGAGUGAUCGUGGCAGGCGGGCAGGCGGGGAGAGUGAUAAUGGUGAUGUGGCACAGUCCCGGGUCCGUGCCGCCCGGUAUUCCCUCCUGCUGCGCCAUGCCAGCAUGGCAGGUGAUGUGGCACGCACUGACAACCUGCUCUCCCGGAUGCGGGCGGCCGGAAUACAGCCGAGCGCCGCCGCCCUCGAGGCGCCAGUUGUUGCUUGUGCACUGGCUGGGAAGAAGAGGAGAGAUGUGGAGGGAGGGAGGGUGAGGGGAGUAGUAGGGGGAAUGAGUGGAGGAGCAGGGGGGGUGAGGGGAGGAGUGAGGCAGUCGAAUCUGGCGGAAAGGGCAGAGAGGGGGGUGGAAGAGCUUGAAUCGGAAGGUUUUCGGCCCGGGCAGGUGGUGCUGGCAGCGCUGAUGGAGGCUUACAACCUAGCCGGGCAGCACGAAAAAGUUUUGCCGGUGUGGCCCAGAGUGCUGGAGGCAGGAGGAAAAGUUUCGAGGCGGGUCAAGGGGGCAGCUGACAGGGAUGGGGAAGGGGAGGGGGAAAUGGAGGGGGGAGGGGAGGGGGGAGAGGAUAAGGAAGGGGAUGGGCAGUGGAAGGACCAGAGGGUGAUGGUGAGGGCCUAUAACGCGUAUGUGGAGGGGCUGGCAGGUGUGGGCGAGAUGGAGAGGGCGGAAGAGGUGGUGGGGGAGAUGGUCAAAAGGGGGGUCGUUGGGCGCCAACUGGGGGAGGCGUAUCUGUCACUGCUAAGGGGGUAUGUGCAGGAGGGGGGGGGAGGGGGAGGGGGAGAGGAGGGAUGGGGGGAAGUGGGAGCAGAAGUUGGGCGGAAAGCACUGGAGGCGGUGGGUGGGUGUUUCCGAGCCAUGAUCCAGGCUCGGUGGGAGCCGAACCAGGAGGCUUGGAACCUGUACGUCCGGGCGUUGAUCCAGGCUGGGGAGAGGGAUGCAGCUUUGAAGGUAUACAGAGCGAUGCAGAGGUGGGAGGAUGGGACGCGGAGGAGGGUAUUGCAGGAGAGAAGGGAGAGGAACAAGGGAGGGGGGAACAAGGGUAAGGGGAAGAAGAGCGGAAAGGGGGUAGCGACUGGGGAUGGGGUGAGUGAGGGGGAUAUUGAGGGGGCUGGUGGGGCGGUCAGUGAAGCAGAGAGGGUGACGGUGGUCGGGUCAGGUUUGGAGGGAGGUUUGGCGGUGAGGUCCGGGCCGAACCAGGAGACGUUCAACAUGAUGAUAGGCACGUUCGGCGCGGCUGGUGAUCUUGACACUGUGAGAUCAAUCUACACCGACCUUAGAGGUGGCGUGGCUCUUGCUCCUGCUGCUGCUGCCACUGCUGCCACUACUGCCGGUGCGACUACGGCUGACACCGGUGAGAGUGCACUCACUGAUUGGGAGGAGCAGCAAGCAAGGGAGGCGGGAGAAGUGGAGGAGGUAUCGGAUAUAGAGGAAUCAGUGGUUACCAGCCUUCCCGCAAAGCUUAAAGCCAGGCUCUUCGGCCCGGCCAGGCGCGCAGCAGAGCUCGCCGUGGGCAAGCGGCAGCUCCAAGCCGACGAAACAGCAGGGCUCAAGCUCACCCAGGAGCAGCGGCAGUUGCUGUCAGGGGUCAUCCUGGCGGGCGCUGAUGUGAGUAGUGAUGAUGGGGCCAUGACGGCGGGGGUGCGGUUUGCAGUGGAGGCGGGGGAUGAAAGGAAGGAGAGGGUGCUGGAGCAUCUGUAUGAGAUGUUUGGGGAGUGGGCUGCUGGGCCGAUUGUUGAAGAGGAGGUGAGGGUGGAGGGGAACUUGGAGGGAAGUGGAGGGAUGGGAGAGAAAUGGCGCAGUGGGGAGCAAGAGGAGGAGUGGGGAGAGAGGGAGGAGGGGGAGGAGGGGGAGGAGGGGGAGGAGGGGGAGGAAGUGGAGGGGUACAAGAGGAGGUAUAUGCAGGAGAAGGAAGGGGAAUGGCUGGCUGGAGAUGACCCCAGUGGGGCUGAGAGGGCUAGCAGCAGCAGCAGCAGCACGGAGGCCAGAACAAUGCGAGUGCUGACUUUUAGCACAGUGCCGCACCCCUCGCUGUGCUUCUACCUGCACCAGUACCGCCCUGAGAAGCAGGGCGGGCGUGCUGCCGUCCCUCGCCUCGUGCACAAGUGGCUCACGCCCCGCGCCCUCGCGUACUGGUAUAUGUACGCCGGCCAACGCGGCCAACCGAGUCAACGCAGUCAACGUGGCAGCAGCAGCAGCAGUUCUAGUGAUGUUGGAAGAACAGCUGCAGAGGGUUCUAUCAUUCUGGAUGCAGGGAUGUACGAGGCCAAAGAGGUGGCUCUUAUAGUGAAGGCGCUUAAAGCGAGGACGAUCGACUGUGCCCAGAGCAAGAGGGGCAAGGGCAGCAAGGGGCAGAGAGCUGUCAGGUUCUCGGGCCCCUCGGCCCAAUUUCUCUGGAAAUUCAUGGAGCCUUUUGUUCUGGAGGAGAUGAAGGAGGAGUUGAAUCCGGUGAUAAGGGGUUCAAGUGGGGGAGGGGGUGGAGAGAGAGGAGGGGGAAGGGGAGGAGGGAGAGUGGGGUUGGGGAAGUUCACGGUGGGGGAGAGAGGGGAGGUGGUGGGAGAGGAGAGGUUUGUGGGUGGGGCAAAGGGCAGCCCGAACGAGGAGGCACGGGAGAGCGAGGAGGACCGGCGAGAGGGUUGGGUGAAUCUGGCUCGAGCAUCCAAGUGGGUGGAGUUUAGUUCUUUUGUGUAGGGUGAGGCGCCAAGUGCUCUUGCUAAGUCUGGCUCCCACAUUUUUUUAAAAUGACGUAUGCUGAUGUGAUGGCAGCCGUCUUGGGUUUGGGGUUGUGGCUCGUAAGUUUGUUGUGAUGGUAUGCAAGCAGGGCUGUCGUUAUCAUGGUAUUUUACCCUGAUUCCCUGAUUUCACAAGGUAUUUUUUUUGCCAACCCUUAAUUUUCAGGGUUGGGUUUUUUUUUACCCUAACCUCUUCAGGGUUGUAUGUCUGUGAACACUUAG